CGAGGGUUGAUUGGCUGCAGUAUUUGGAGCAAAGCUGCUGGACUUCUAAAAGUGACUGUGUGCUGAAAGAAACAGGUGGAGAUACCAAAGAGGGAGCUUUAGAAAUUUAUUGGUGUGCUGUUAUAUAGCUAAGCGGGAUAUUAAAAACGUGGUGUUGCUGUUAGCAGCAGGAGAUUAGGGGAUGGUGCUGAGGCUUCAAUCCGUUCUGGUCCUCUCCCUGUCAGGAGUGUUGGCUUUCCUAGGCCUGUGGUGGUACACCUCUCGGAAGAAAGAACAACACACUGACAAGGAUAAGACAACCACAGACCAGGUGCACCUGUCCUCCUCCACCAGAGACAGAGGUAUUGGUGUUGUGGAGAACGGCCACUCCACUGGGAUAGAUCGGGACAGGCACGCAGUGAGGAAGAGGUCGUUAGUGGAACAGGAGCGUGUUGAUUGUACAAACACACAAGCGGUAGCAGAGCUGGUUAACAUCCCACUCUGCCAAUCACAACCGGAGGAAAGGUUUGUGGCUGCAGAGUGUCUGAGUAGAGGCCUCGAUACUACUAAUGUGAAGCCCGUUACGGAGAGAACUGAGUCUUCAGCUCAAGUACUCCCAGAGACUGCACCUAAGAGCCAAGCCCAGGGGGGACCUGAGAAGGAUAUCGCAUUACAAAAUAAACACCAGCCAUCCUCUGAUGAACAAGUUUCUUCUAUCUUUGACCGAGGCUAUAAUCCUAACCCUGGUGAGAGUGCAGGCCUAAAGCCACAUGCACCGCCACUCUCUGAGACGCUGGAGGACACUAGAAACAGAACUUUCAACAAAGAGGCUGCAGAGGAGGUUCGACUAGACCCAGGGGAGGUUAGACUGGACCCAGAGGGAGAGGUUGGAGAAGACAAGAUUAUAUUUUGUUUUGCAGAGAUGAAGCCUCAAACCGAUCUGGCUGAGAACUGCCUCCUCUCCAAAGACAACCUAUCUAUCCUGCCUGCUGUGGAAGAACCAACCUGUGAGUCAAGUCUACAGGAUGACACCUGUCUGGCUUCCCCCAUCAACCUCCUUACCAGUCAGGUGUCCCCCUCAAGGCAGCCAUUGGGCAUUCUGAUAUCACUUCAGAAGAAAAACCAGUCUGAGGAGUGUGAACUUAGCUGGAGUAACACAGAGGAAAUUAACCAGCUGGCGUCAAGUCUGAUUACUGACGUGGUCUCAGUAGCAGUGAGUCAAGUCCUGAAAGAAAGGACCCUACUAGAACAUAAUGUUGGGCCUCUAUGUAACAGGGACCCCUUCACAUCCCAAGAUAUCAUCUCAAUGGUUAACCGUGAGACUGGGAGAGAGAUGCCUGGUCUAUUGCAGGAGGAUCAGUGUUCAACAACUGGCAGGGAGAACAUAUGUUCAUCUCCUAUAGUAUAUGAGGAUGUGAAACAUGACUGUAGCAGUAGGACUGAGCAGGCAGAGCUAGCAGAAGAAGAUUCUGCAGUAGGUGAUUCUGGCUCCAGCUCAGGUCAUUCCGAGGAGAGCUCUAGUGGCGAGGACUCUAGACCCAGUGUAAGCCUGCAACCACCCAGGGGACCCGCUGAAGGACUGGGGGCCACCAGCAUGGCCCUCCCUAACGGUCACAGGACAGAGGUGGCUGUUCCAGGCUCUGGUGUGACCAGCAUGGACUCUGUAGACCGUUACGUUGAACACGAAGCCAGGGACAACCAGCAUAUCAACAGUCCAAGUCCGCGAAGUCAACUGCUGAACACCGAUCAGCAAAUUGAAAAAUACAUCCGGAGUUACAACAGCAACCAGCCACCGACUGUUUGGGACAUAGAGGUGCCAAAGCAUCUUGUUGGGAGAUUGAUUGGGAAGCAGGGGCGAUAUGUGAGCUACCUGAAGGAGACAUCCGGAGCAAACAUCUUCAUCGCCACCCUGCCUUACACCCAGGAGUUGCAGAUCUGCCAUAUAGAGGGGUCAAAGGAGCAGGUGGAUUGUGCUCUGGAGCUGAUCAGUAAGAAGUUCAAAGAUCUGGAUGUGACCAGCUGUUAUGUCCAUCCUCCAGUGGCCAGACUGCCCUCUCUCCCCAUCACAUCCUGGCUGCUGCUUCCCCAUAGGGUGACAGUUGAGGUAACUGUGAUCCAAGUAGCCUCUGGGAACUAUGUGUUCCUCCAGCAGCACACACACCCAACCUUCUAUGCUCUCCGCAGCCUGGACCAACAGAUGAGCUUGUGUUAUUCUCACCCAGGGUGCCCUCCCCUGCCGGCCCCAGUGGAAGUGGGAGUGAUCUGUGCUGCCCAGAUGCCUGAGGGAGCCUGGUGGAGAGCGCAGGUGAUGGGUUACUAUGAAGAAACCAAGGAGGUGGAGCUCUGCUAUGUGGACUAUGGAGGCUAUGUCCUGGUGAAGAUCGACACCCUCCGCCAGAUCAGAUCAGACUUUGUUGCCUUGCCUUUCCAAGGAUCUGAGGCGAUCCUGGAACAUAUUGCACCCCUUCCAGGAGAAGAAGGGUUCUCUGUUGCAGCCAAAUCUGCACUGGAGGAAAUGACACAAGGAUUGCCACUACUUGCACAGGUCACAAGCUGUCACACCAGUGGCAUUCCCUUGGUACAGAUAUGGAAAACUGAAGGAGAAGAGUUGGUGUCUGUGAACCGUGCUCUGGUGGAUAAUGGACUGUGUAGCUGGGUAGACUGCCUCUGACUGUGAAGACAAAUCCUGGCCCUGUUUGGAUAGUUUUCAAAUAUAUCCUCCCUUUUUACGCACAGAUCUAUAAGGGAUUGGAUAUGUAUGAGUAAGGUUACCAGCCCUAUUACCCUCACCAAUCUACCAAAUUUAGAUCUGUGAUUACUUCAAGGAAAGUAGGAAGGAAAAUUGGAUCUCUGAAGUAUUCAAACAUGGCCCCUGUCUUGCCUUUCAUCGUUCCAUCCCCUCAGUCCCAUCCUCUGGACUGUUGCCCUGUUGGGGCACAACAAUGUCUUCCUUCUCAACUCGACUGUUCAUGCUUGUUGUUUCUUUAUCACCAUGUACACUUUCUGAUGUAUUUAUUUGGUGAAGUUUUAUUUACAGCCCCCCACCCUUAUAUAAAUGUUUGUUAAUUAUGCUUACAUGAUUUUUGACCAAUAUUAUUCACAAUUCAUCUAAUUACUGUUUUGUUUUCAAUGGAUACAAUCCUAUUAAGAAACUAAAGAUGAACUGUCCUUUCUGAGGUGUACACUUUGACCAUAGCCACAGACUUAUGUUGUGAGAUGUACAGUAUAAUGAAGCUACAGUCUGUAUUGACUUCAAUCACAUCUCAUUAAAUGAAUGCAUUUUGUGAGUUUGUUAGAUGAUACACAAAUUCAGGAACUUUUUGUAUAUUGAGCUUGAUGUCCAAACUAAAUAUGCACAGUGUACUAAACAUUAGGAACACUUUCCUAAUAUUGAGUUGCACCCCUUUUUGCCCUCGGAACAUCAUCAAUUUGUUGGGGCAUGGACUAACAUUCCACAGGGAUGCUGACCCAUGUUGACUACUCACAGUUGUGUGACGGUAGCUCUGUGUCUUUUGGCUGGUAGGCCAUUCUUGAUACACAUGGGGAAACUGAUUAUGCUGCCAUACCCUGUUCAACGGCACUUAAACAUUUUGUCUUGCCCCUCUGAAUUGCACACAUACACAACCUAUGUCUCAAGGCUUAAACAUCCUUCUUUAACUGGUCUCCUCCCCUUCAUCUACACUGAUUGGAUUUAACAGCUGACAAUAAGGCGUCGUAGUUUUCACCUGGGUUUACCUGGUCAGUCUGUCAUUGAAAGAGCAGGUUUUCCUAAUGCGUUGUACAUUCAGUGUAUUGUGGCUCUGUAGCCAAGGACAUUUUGACUUGGUCAACCAGUGCCUGUGAGGAACUUGUCUGGACUGUUAAACUCACUGAGGGUUAUUGUGCUUCAGCUUUGAUCCCCGGAGUGUUUGUUUCUACGUUUGAGUUAUUUGUAUGUCUCUGAUGUUCGUUAUGAGUAGUUUUUGAAGUGGAUGUUCUGGGGAAUGAUGGACUGAGUAAACAAGAACCUAGCGAAUUCAGUAGAUGGCGCCAAAGGCUUAGUUUUUGCUAUUCAUAUUAGUCAAGCACUAGACCGGGAAUGUUACGAAUACAGAGAGCAUCUGUUGUCUUGAUAAGCACAGACAAAUGUUUCAGUCAGCUGAGUACCGUGUAAAGAAUGAGUGUAUAUGAAUUUUAGUUUGACUACUAAAUGUUAUAUAAACUCUCCGCGGUUACAUUUGUAAUCAAACAUUGUUUACUUGUGAGGCAACUUGGUAGUCCCAUCGUUCAAGGUAGCUGAAGACUUCGUUAUUAUUUUGCAGCUAACUACUCAUCGCACUCACCUGAAAUAUGGCAUGAAUCACUUGCAAGACCAAGUUAGAGCCAUUCUGGAUUAAUACUGUAUACAGGAAACCAUGCCCGUGUCUGAAGGAAACCUAAAUUAAUUUGUAAUCCUCUUUUGUCUAGAUUCAUCCCAAGUUUGAAUUUAACACAGUAAAAAAAUUGUACAUAUG